AUGAACAAAAGAAUAAGGAAUGACGUGAACAUUGAGAUGAAAAAAUUCACUACCGGCUUGAUGAUGCAUGGCAGUAAAACGUGGUUGGCCAGACUGUUGUCAUCAGCUCGACAUGACGGCUGCAAUGUGAAGAUUGACGACAAAAACCCGCAGCAGCAGCAGCAACAACAAAAACAACAACAGCAGCAGCAGCAACAACAAAAACAACAACAGCAGCCGUGUGUCACGUGGCAGGUUUCCGCAAAUCCAGGUCAACGAAUCAGCGUGGAGUUGUUCGACUUUUCUUUGAUCAGCGCCCUACUUCCUUCCAACCAAUCAAAAUCGGCCCUCAGUUCUAUUGCCCGCCAGAACGCAAUCCGUCACUUUGCUGCCAAGCAACAACAACAACAACAGUUAAGCAAAGACAAUAAUGGAAUUGUUCAACAACAACAGCCCCAGCAGCAACCGCAAAAACAAACGCUACAUAACCAAAUUUCGCAAAAACCCACCCACACAUUGUGUGGCGCUCAACUGAACGAACUGAACCUUGAGAUGUCUUCACUGUUGAAGAACAAAUCGUCAAACAUUCGAUUGCUGAACACUUACGUGCAAGCAUAUGAAACGAGAAGCAACCGCAUGAAGCUGCAGCUGCUCGAUCGCAUGUGGCCGGAAGCUGUCUACGUCAUCAAGCUAGCUGCCACCGGCUGUCCGUACAUAAGAGAGGGCACGUAUGAUGACGUCAGGGUGAUCCAUAAUGACGUCACGCUGCUGAAGAUCGAUUGCCUGAAGAGCGGGAGAACGCUGACGAUGAUAUGCGAUGGGGUCAGCUGGAAUGGAACGUUCGAAGAUUGCGAUAAUGUUGACUUAGCUGAGAGUACGCUGAAAAAUUCAAGCAGUGAUUUCCCCAUAGGAUCGGCCACAAUCUUUGGCCUGAUAUUAAUAUGGUGCGUGGCCCUGUCGAUAUUGUUCCUCGGUCUUUAUCACAUGAAGAGGAAACGCCAAAGAAAGGACAGCGGAAAUAUGGGCAUAGACAUGAAAGAUUUGAAGCCACUGAACACGCAGGAGGCCAUGUAUGACGUCACCAACCAGGACAUCUACGCCAGGAACCAGGCCUUCGAUAACAUCUCAACAAACAAGCAGCAACAGCAAAAUGGCGCAAUGAAGAGCCCGGCACUGAUUGGACAGAACGACACGGCUACCAACAAGAUAUACCGCCCACAAAACGGCAACACCAUCAGCAGCAGCAGCAGCAACCACACCACUGCCAACAACAGCGAUUGCAGUAGAUUUUUCUCUCCCCAAAAGACACUCCUCCCCAUCGCGACGCCAGUCCCGCACCCGAACAGUCGCACGCUGCCGGCCAACUUGCAAUCGGCCGUCGCUAUUUUAUUGCCGAACAAAAAAACUGGAUCUAUCCUGGCGGGAAAAACCCGCCCAGCUGCUGCGAUGGAAUUUUGCACGCGUGUCUGGCAGUCGCCGGAAGUUAAAAGAAGACCGGAUGUGUUUGGAAUUGGUUUGCCGGAAGUACAGGCGCCAGUAAUGACUUUCCAUCCGUCAUUUACCGGUAAGAACGGUGGCGAUAAUAGGAUGCUCAUACGUCAAAAGUAUCAACAACAGCAACAACACUCGCUGUAUAAAAAUGAUGGCAAGGUUGAGCACAACGACCCUGAGUUUCAACAUUUAAAGAUGUUGGCGCCCUGCAACAGCAACAGCUUGCAACGUCAGCAGCAGCUAAACUCAGCGUCAGUAGCCUACAACUACAACAACGACAACUACGAGAUACCACACUCACCUCAGAUGUAUCAGCAGCGUCCUCACCAACAUCAGCACCAUCAAUUCACGUUCUCCUCAACAGCCUCCAACCAGCAACGACAGCAGCAGUACCCACCGGCGCAUCAACCACAAAUGCUCGGUUUGAGAGCCGUCUGGAUCAACAACAUCACCAACAACAACGUCAGCAUUUGUGACAACAACGCCGACAACACCAACAACACUAACACCAACCGCAACGACAUCAAUAAUUGUUAUCAGAACUCAAUGUUGCAUCAGAUGUACUCCAUCCCAGACAAAUGCAAGCGACAACAACAACAGCCGCAGCAAACAACCACAACAGCUGUUAUGCUCUGCUCAAACUCGGACAACGACAACAACGUCAUCAUGCUAAGCAGCAGUUUCACAAACCCGAACGGCGGCAACACCAACAACAACAUCAUCUUCAACAACAACUCAAAUACCAACAAUAUCAUCUUCAACGCAGGCAUCAACAGCAGUGCCGGAAACAACAACAACAACAACAUCAUCUUCAACAACACUACACACGAUUACGCGAACAGUGACCCAUCCGAUGGUUACAUAACGCAAAAUCAGGUACCUCAGUUUGGGGACUACAUAGGGCCGUCCGAGGUGCCAGACCCUUCAGCCCCCCUCCUUGCGCUUGCUUUUAGAAACGCCACCUAUAAUACAUGGAAUAAUGAUAGUAAUGCCAACCGGGUGAUAGAUCGUUCAAGUGGUGAUGACCCUUGUGAUGUUGUUGAUGGUGUCUGUGAUGGUGGUGGUGGUGAUGGUGGAGAAUGUGAUGGUGAUGUUGGCGGUGGUGGUGGUAGUGGUGGCGUAAAAGACGGCGCUGGGAGUUACGAUGCUCCUGAGGAGCAUUAG